AUAUACCAAUACCAUUUAUUGGUUUUAUUUCAUUACCAUCUUCGACCAAAAGGAGCCACCACAAGAAGUCACCAAAUUCACGCACUCUCUAUCUCCACCACCCCCAGCUAACGCCCUUUGUGCUUCUUGAAUAUUUUCUUCUUUCUCUUCCUCUAUUUCUUGCUCCAACCCAGUUCUCAAAAGGGUCGUUGAGAGUUGGAGGAAUCUUUUGAAGACUGAGUUGGGAACUGGGUUUCUGAAGAUAUGGUUUUAUUUGGGGGUGUUUCUGCUUUGGGUUUGAAACACAGUGCACCAUCUUUUCGAGGUAGCGAGUUCAUGGGUCACAGUUUCAGAAAUCCUUGUACGAAUUCUGUUAAACUACGGCCACAGAGAGGUGCCUGCCCUUUGAAGGUUGUUUGUGUGGACUAUCCGAGACCAGACCUUGAGAGUGCUCAAAACUUCAUAGAUGCUGCCAUCUUAUCUUCUUCAUUUCAAACCUCUCCAAGGCCAGUUAAGCCGCUGAAGGUUGUUAUUGCUGGUGCAGGUUUGGCAGGUUUAUCUACUGCAAAAUAUUUGGCAGAUGCAGGUCAUGUUCCCAUAUUAUUGGAAGCAAGAGAUGUUCUAGGUGGAAAGGUGGCUGCAUGGAAAGAUGACGAUGGAGACUGGUAUGAAACAGGCCUGCAUAUAUUCUUUGGGGCUUACCCAAAUGUGCAGAACCUAUUUGGAGAACUCAAUAUAAGUGAUCGGUUGCAGUGGAAGGAGCAUUCUAUGAUUUUUGCAAUGCCAAACAAACCAGGAGAAUUUAGUCGGUUUGAUUUCCCAGAAGUCCUGCCUGCACCCUUAAAUGGGAUAUGGGCAAUUUUGAAGAACAAUGAAAUGUUGACUUGGCCAGAGAAAGUGAAGUUUGCCGUAGGACUCCUGCCAGCAAUGGUUGGUGGACAGGCCUAUGUUGAGGCACAAGAUGGUUUAACUGUUAAAAAGUGGAUGAAAAAGCAGGGUGUACCUGAAAGAGUGACUACUGAGGUGUUUAUUGCCAUGUCAAAGGCGCUAAACUUCAUUAACCCUGAUGAAUUGUCAAUGCAAUGUAUUUUGAUUGCUCUGAACCGAUUCCUCCAGGAGAAGCAUGGCUCAAAGAUGGCUUUCCUAGAUGGUAAUCCCCCAGAGAGACUAUGCAUACCCAUAGCUAAUCACAUUCGAUCACUGGGUGGGGAAGUUCAUCUUAAUUCACGAAUAAAGAAAAUUGAGCUAAAUGGUGAUGGGACAGUGAAGAGCUUCUUACUAAAUGAUGGACAUACGGUUGAAGGAGAUGCUUAUGUAUUCGCAACUCCAGUUGAUAUCCUGAAGCUUCUCUUGCCUGAUAGCUGGAGCGAGAUACCAUAUUUCAAGAGAUUGGAGAAAUUGGUGGGAGUUCCAGUUAUCAAUAUCCACAUAUGGUUUGACAGAAAACUGAAGAACACAUAUGAUCACCUACUUUUUAGCAGGAGUCCACUUCUGAGUGUCUAUGCAGACAUGUCAGUUACAUGCAAGGAAUACUACAACCCAAACCAAUCUAUGCUAGAGUUAGUUUUUGCACCGGCAGAAGAAUGGAUCUCAUGCACUGACGCAGAAAUUAUUGAUGCCACCGUGAAGGAACUUGCUAAACUCUUUCCUGAUGAAAUUUCUGCAGACCAGAGCAAAACAAAAAUAGUGAAGUACCAUGUUGUUAAGACACCAAGGUCUGUAUAUAAAACUGUCCCGAAUUGUGAACCCUGCCGCCCUUUACAGAGAUCUCCCAUAGAUGGAUUCUAUUUAGCCGGUGAUUUUACCAAACAGAAGUACUUAGCUUCAAUGGAAGGUGCUGUUCUUUCAGGAAAGCUUUGCGCACAGGCCAUUACACAGGAUUAUGAGUUACUUGCCACUCGUGGACAAAGAACUUUGGCAGAAGCAAGCAUCCGAUAACCUCAAUGGAGAGGUGGUUUUGCAACAGCAGCCUCGAGUUGCGUAGAUAUUGAUUGUGAAUUGGUUACAUUAUACGGAUAACAUGUCAAAAAAAGAAAAGAAAAGGGGGCAGUGUCAGUGUGUGAAGUUCAGCUUGUAACACUCUUGAUACGUUGUGAUGUAUUCUUUGUUUUCAAUAAACCCGUUUCUUCUGCAGUUUCAUAUGGUAAAUGUGAUGACUAUGUUCACUCCCUCCUUCAAAAGUUCCGAACUAUUUUCUUUUUAGAUAUGGAAGUUGAAGCAAAAUCUCGCCAACUUUUUAA